AUGAAAAAGGGCUUCUUCAAAGUUUUCAUCCCAGAAAUCAGUGCAAAACGACUUAAACUUCCCACAGGUUAUAUUGAUUACAAGAAUGGAAUGCUACCUUGGAAUGUUUCUCUUAGGGAUAGGUUUGGAAAUAUGUGGCCUAUAAGAGUAACCAAAUCAGGAAAACAUAUUUAUUUUGAACAUGGAUGGGAGAAAUUCAUUGAGGACAACAUCGUAGAGUUUGGAGACUUCAUUAUUUUUGACUAUGAUGGAACUAGAAUUUUUGACUUUAAACUACUUGGAAGAACUGGAUGUGUAAACAAAGGAGCUGGAGGUUUAAAAUUUUCUAUGAAGGAGGUGGACGAGGAAGAAAUGAAUGUUGACAAUCAAAAGAGUAUGGAGUUAAAGGAGAAUACUUGGGCCAGAGACAGCAUGAGCAGUUCAUCUUCUAAUGAUAGUAAUGAGGAUAACGUGGUAGAAGAAGAAGAUGAUCGAGAUGAGGAAUAUGAAGAGACAGAAAAUGAGGGGGAAGAGGGAGAAGAGACUGAAAAGGCAUCAUGUUCAAAAUGCAGAUAUUUGGAUGAGAAACAAGACGAUGAUGACGAUGAAAAGGAUGAAUACAAAGAAGAGGAGGAGGAGGCAUAUUUAACAAAAAAACGCCACAUUCAAAAGUUACACGUUUUUGAUUUAGUUGAAUGCAAAAGAGCCAGUGCUGGCAAGGUGAAUGAUCCUCAUGAAAAAAUUGCUACAGAUAUAUUCAGCGGUGGAUGUUACACUCCGGCUGAUGUAGUGAGAGACUACAAACUUGAACUCCCUUCAAGUAUGACCAUUCGUGACUCUGCAGGCAGAGAAUUUGAGGCAAAACUCAAGAUUUGGAAGGACGGUAGAAUAUGGCUAAUUGGCGGGUUGCGCAGUUUAUGUAGGUGGAACCUUUUGGAGAUAAAUGAUACGUCCAUUUGUGAAUUUUUCAGACGAAAACACAACAAAGACCUUUACUUAAAAAUUCAUGUUGUCUAUGAAGGAGAAGGUUCCCAUCCCAACAAGAAACAAUAUGCUGCUAUUUAA